AUGCGGACCUCCAGCUCAUUCUUCCAUGGGCUUCUGCCUUUACUACUACUCCUGCUCUCAAUCAUUGCAGCUACUAUCAUCUUCACGGCUUCCCCACCCGAAGUGAGUCUGAUCUCGCGAGUUCUUCCAAAAUCGCCUGAACUCGAUCUCAACGUACCUACCAAUGGCUCGCACAUCUUGGAGUCUCGAGUCAUCGAAGUCAAGCCGGCAAGCAACGAAGACUUCAACAAGGCGAAGAUCAAAGGCUACGCCCUAAUGUGCUGGAUGCGCAAUCCCGCAAUGGCAGGCUCCCAGGCUAUCAGCACCUUCACUCGCUUCGAACAACUCCAACAGUGGGGAUGGACAGGCCAGGACGGACAGCCAGUUCACAUUGAACAAUACAUUGCAGGCUUCCGCGACCCAGGUCUGAUCUCGUUGCUGGGCCCUGAGGGUGACGCACAAUCCAAGGGACACAAUAUCCUUCUCCAGCAUAUGGAACCCCGUGGACCAGUUACGAUCGACGGCAAGGUCUACAAAUACCCGGCAACAGAAGCUACCUACGAGAAUGUCUUCAACACGGAGAAGGGCGUGAUUGUGGGUGAAUUUAACUGGAGUCCUGCCGCCCAAGUCGCCGAAGAUGCUGUCCCGGGUUGGAACUCCAAGACAGAUCUCCUGCCAGAUCUACGUCAACUGUCCGACGUCAUGUGGCUUUGCUGGGCCAAGAUCUGCUCUCAGCAGAACGUUUCUCCAUCCGGUCUUCACUAUAUUGUCAGCCAUAACGUCGUUAACCAUCCAACGGAACAAGUGCUCGCACGAGUCCUUCAGAUCCACUGGAAAGGCGAGGCGGCAGUCGAUCGGGGACAAGCACCAGCAUGGCCAGGGAAGCUCGUUACGAAGGACAUGGAGGGUUUUGUCGCGCUGAUAGGUACGCCGAGCAUCUGGGGCACUGCGUAUCUGUUGGUGCAGAGAUCUGGGAUCUUGGGCAGGAAGCAGGUCAAGUCUAUCAGGGUGUGGAACGGCUAUCCGGAUAAAAACCUGUUCUACCAGCCGUCCAUCAUUAUGGAAUUGGAGGACGUCCGACCAGACAAUUGA